GGCCACGCCUCCCCCUGCCGGCGAGGAGGGGCGGGGCAUCGAGAUGUGGCGCUGUGCGGCGGUGCGGGUGCUGCGGGGCGGCGUGGCCGGGACCCCCCGGUCCGCAUCGGGAGCGGCUUCGGCUCAGCUCCGCCGGCUGCUGGAGAACGAGCUGGAGGACAUCCGAGGCGCCGGCACUUGGAAGAGCGAGAGGGUCAUCGCUUCCCGACAAGGCCCCCACCUCCGCUUGGCGGGCGGAGGAGCCGGGAUCCUCAACUUCUGUGCCAAUAACUACCUGGGGCUCUCCAGCCACCCCGAGGUGAUCCGCGCUGCAGUGGAGGCCCUGGAGAAGUUCGGCGCUGGGCUCAGCUCUGUCCGCUUCAUCUGUGGGACGCAGAGCAUACACAAGGACCUGGAGGAGAAGCUUGCACGUUUCCACCAGCGGGAAGAUGCCAUUCUCUAUCCCAGCUGCUUUGAUGCCAACGCUGGCAUCUUUGAGGCCCUGCUGACCCCAGAGGAUGCAGUGCUGUCAGAUGAGCUGAACCAUGCCUCCAUCAUUGACGGGAUCCGCCUGUGCAAGGCUAACAAGUACCGCUACAAGCACAUGGACAUGCAGGACCUGGAGGCCAAGCUGCAGGAUGCACAGAAACAUCGUCUGCGGCUGGUGGCCACUGAUGGUGCUUUCUCCAUGGAUGGUGACAUUGCACCCCUGAGGGAGAUCUGCCAGCUGGCCCAGAAGUAUGAUGCCCUGGUCUUCAUUGACGAAUGCCAUGCCACAGGCUUCCUGGGACCCAAUGGCCGGGGUACCGAUGAGCUCCUGGGAGUGAUGGACAAAGUCACCAUCAUCAAUUCCACCCUGGGAAAAGCUCUUGGAGGAGCUGCAGGCGGGUACACGACUGGCCCCAAACCCCUCAUUGAUUUGCUCCGACAACGUUCCCGCCCAUACCUCUUCUCCAACAGCCUGCCCCCAGCCGUGGUGGGCUGUGCAUCCAAGGCCCUGGACCUGCUCAUGGAGAGCAAUGCCAUUGCACAGUCCAUGGCUGCCAAGACGCAACGGUUCAGAAGUAAGAUGACGGCAGCUGGCUUCACCAUCUCAGGGAAAGACCACCCCAUCUGUCCUGUCAUGCUUGGGGACGCUCGGCUGGCCGCAGUGAUGGCUGAGGACAUGCUGAACAGAGGCAUUUAUGUCAUUGGCUUCAGCUACCCUGUGGUCCCCAAGGGAAAGGCCCGUAUCCGGGUCCAGAUCUCGGCUGUACACAGCGAUGAGGAUAUCGACCGCUGUGUGGAAGCCUUCACCGAGGUGGGACGGAAACACGGAGCGAUACCUUGAGGGGCCAGCGAACACCCGCUGCAACGCUGUCCUUGCCCAUGACCAAGUGCCUGUGCCAGGGGAAAAGGCUUGAGGAGCAUGCUGCCAGAAGCAGGACCAAUCCUCAGGGCAUCACAGUGUGCGGGAAGCUGUGGCUGUU